AAUGUACAACACUAAUUCCGACGUGCAUGGCAUAUCCUGAUCUGUGCCGCCCAACAUGGAUUGAUCGCGCCAUGCUUCAGCCGCAUCCUAGCCAACCGCAUCGGAACCUAUCCGAGAGCUGCAGGGCCCGUUGCCUUGCUGCAGGCCCGGCCCAUAGCGACUUGCAUACAUGCGAACGAGGUCGCGCCGCUUCGAGAACGCAACAUUAUGCAAGGUUCCGAUCACUGGUCGAAAUGGUACUCUCUGCGAUGAGGUGACGGGCCGCUCACACUCGGUCCCGGGCCAGACGUAUACGCAGCGGCAGAACAAAGGCCGUUUCACCGUCGACCAUCUCAAGCGGAGGAAGACAGCCAGUGUAUUCCGUGAUCUCCAGGAAGCAUACGAAACAGCAAUGUCUUUUCGCACACUUUGUUGGACAGAACAAGGAUACCUGGGCCUUGUACCAAGGUAUCCGAAUGCGAAUGAUGUAUUGUGUGUUAUCCUAGGCUCUGCGGUUCCAUUUGUCCUACGCGAGGACGGUAGAGGAGAUUAUUCAUUAAUUGGUGAAUGCUAAGUCCACCAUGUCAUGGAUGGCCAUCUUGCAAACGGCACGCAGACGGAGGUGAGGGAUGUGGGCAUUGUGUGAGCUUGUGUCGCGAGAAUGAAAAUAUAUACAGGUUACGCACCGAGUAGUAUCCUUGAACGGCAGAACCGCCGCUGCUGAUCGUGGUGAGGAGGCAGGUAACCAGUGGAGGACAUAAAGGAGACUACCACUGCCAACGGUAAUCUGCACGCCUUCACGUCUUGCGAAAAGGAAGAAGUGCACACACCUGAAUAGGUUGGUUGACUAUGUCGUUCAAAGAACUCACUGCCACGUUGGCCACGGCUACCGCUAUCUGUCGA